AUGGCAGACGAAAAGAAACAGAACCCCUUUGAGGCCUUGGGGUCCUCCCAGGAAGAGGCAGACCAUCCUCCAGCGUACACGGCUGCAGGGUCAGCGCGCUCAAUCGAGCCCUCAAUACAGCCUGGCCCAUCCGUUCCAGGACGUCCUCCGGGACCCUCUUCGCCUCGAAGACCAAUUGCCAUCCCGGCUAUCGCCAGCUCCUCUGAUUCCCCUUUCAUUCGCGCCUAUCCACCAGUUCUCCAAUCGCACAAGCUCCCCAAAGAAUCCUUCCUCAGCUUCCUCGACCAGUUGAACAAAGACAUAGCCAGCAGCCCACCCCUGCAAGUUUUGGACGCAACAGGCGGGAUCCUCAACUCAGUGCCUAUUCUCUUCCCACUUCAUUGGAUUGGAAGUGCUGUCAGCGGACUCGCCAAUCUAGGCAGCCAGGGCAUGUCCAAAAGCCGCACCGACUCAUCCCUCAAAACGGCUAAUAGGGAUAUCUUUGGCCCUCGCGGUUUGAAAGUCGAGGUUGCCAAGCUGGAUGCGCUGGCUCAUCUUGCCAAGAUCCCAAUUCUGGAUCCUCAAGGGAAGAUCAAUAGACAGGCCCCUCUUCUGCUGCAGCUGCAGAAUGAACCAGUUGUCGGAGCUGCCGAUGAGCGCCAAGUGGAGUUAGAGAUCCAGCGUAGGAUCAGGACUCUGCAGCCUUGGAUUGCAGAUUUGGAGAUUGAGGUCUUGCCUUGGUCUUCUAGGUCUAAGUUGACGAGGUUCAAUGCCGCUUUAAAGAAGAGGAAUGACCCAAAGGAGUACGAAAGGAAGGAGCGAAGGGAAAGAAGGGGGCGGGAUGGCUCUGGUGAUACGGAGACCAAUACUGAUGACCAGGAGUCUUUCCGCAAGGCUUUGUGGCUUGUGAUUCGAGAGAUUGAGCCCGAAGAAAGACACUGA